UAUAUAUGCUAUUGUCGUAAAAGGCAGCGAACCAUUAACGAACUUUGUUGCGUCAAAACUGGAGCUAGUGGGUCACUGCUGAUACGGAAACCAGGAACCAAGACCAUGCGGGUCCUUCAGACGGCUGCCGUCAUUUUGUUCUCUGCUGCAACGUUCUCCGGGGCAGCACCGCAAGAUACCGAAGGAAAGGACAAAGUCUUCAUCUGCUACUGGGGAAGUUGGUCCCACUACCGCCAUGGCAACGGCGCUUUCUCAGUGAACCAGAUAGACCCCACGCUGUGCACGCACCUGGUCUACACGUUCGCCAAGCUAGAAAACGGCGUCAUCAAGGAGUACGACCCCUACCUCGACUUGGCCAAGCCGUGGCAUCUGGGCAUGUACAAAAAAUUCAACAACCUCAAACUUCAAAACCCCAAGUUGAAAACCAUCAUCGCUAUCGGAGGCUGGAACGAAGGUUCCGUAAAGUACUCCAAGAUGGCGUCGACUUCCGAAGGACGUGCCAAGUUUGUGAAGAGCGUGGUCGAUUUCGUCGAACUCCACGGGUUCGACGGACUCGACAUGGACUGGGAGUAUCCGACUCAACGAGGAGGCAGUCCCGAAGACAGAGACAACUUCAUCAAGCUCCUUAGUGAACUGAGGGCUGCGUUCGACGAGAGAAACUACCUUCUGACUGCGGCCGUCUCCGCAGGAAUUCCAACCGCCAAUGCAUCCUACGACAUUCCUCAACUGUCAAAACAUCUCGAUCUGAUAUCGGUCAUGGGAUACGAUUUCUUCGGCGCAUGGCAGCGAUACACCGGACACAAUUCUCCGCUUAGGGCAAGGAAAAAUGCAACUGAACUCGAGAAAAUAUUUAACAUCGAGGCCGCCAUCGAGUUCUGGAUGUCCCACGGGGCCGACACGAACAAGCUGGUUUUGGGGCUGCCCUUGUACGGCCGAACCUUCACGCUGGCUGACCCCGCAGACUCGGGUUUCGAGGCUCUGACCGUAGGACCCGGUCAUCCCGGCACUUUCACCAACGCACCUGGCUUCGUGGGAUACAACGAGAUAUGUACUCAGCUGAAGUCCGGUGAUUGGAAUGUGACAAGAGAUCCUGACGUCAUUGCUCCAGUGGCUACCAAGGACAAAGAAUGGAUAGGCUUCGACGACGCCGAAAGCCUAACUAAAAAGGUUGAGUUCGCAAUGUCCAAGAACCUGACAGGAAUCAUGGUCUGGUCCAUCGAAACCGAUGACUUCAGAGGAACGUGCACAGGCACAGCGAAUCCGCUCCUGAGCGCCAUCAACAAAGCCCUGCAGCUUCCACAGGCCGAACGUCUUCCGACUCCCCCGACCCCGACGUCCACGUCUACUGUCCGGCGGGCACCCGAACAGAAAAAUCCGGAAAUCCCUAAGUUCAUGGUCUCCAUACCAGAAGCAGAAAAGACAGGGACCACCCAACCCCAUACGACGCAAGAAGACAAAGAACAAUCAAGCACUGAGGAUCUACCGUGCACCGAAACCGGUUGGUUUGCACAUCCGCGCGAUCCCCGCAAGUUUUACGCCUGCAUCGGAGAAAACGGCGUCUUCAAGACCGACGUGAAAAAAUGCUUUCAAGGCACUGUAUACAAUCCAACAAUCGGCGUGUGCGUCCACGAGUUCUUGUGAAAAUGUAUCGCCAACUCAUUCCGGCUUUCAGAUAGUGUGUAAAUAAAACCCAUUUCUUCGAA